AUGCGUUUCUCCGGAAUCUCAGCCAUUGCGCUGGCCCUUGCCAGUGUUGCUUCGUCUGCUGCACUGAAGCCUCGCAAUGACCUGCUUGCAGACCUUCAAAACCAAGCUAUGGAGGCAUUGAAGCAGGCAGAGUCAGAAGGUACGCUGGGAAAAAGGAGCUGCUCCCUUUCCAACGCGGAUGACUUGAGCAAGAAGGAGCGAAAGGCAUACAUCAAAGCCGUGAAAUGCCUGACUACAUCUCCAUCGAAGACACCUGCAGGGCUCGUGCCCGGUGCGAAAUCACGAUACGACGACUUCGUUGCCCAACACAUCAACCAGACGGUGACGAUACACGCUACCGGCAAUUUCUUGAGCUGGCACAGAUACUUUUUGUAUGGUUACGAGACGGCGCUGCGGGAAGAGUGCGGCUACAAGGGUUACCAGCCGUACUGGAAUUGGUUCAGUUAUCAGGACGACCUGAGCAAGUCCCCCGUUUUCGAUGGAUCUGACACAAGCAUGAGUGGUGACGGUGCUUAUUUCAAGCACAACGGCGCUGUCUCUGGUGGUGACAUCAAACUUCCAUCCGGAAAAGGAGGUGGAUGUGUCAAGAGUGGUCCAUUCAAGGACUUGGAAGUCCACCUGGGUCCUGUCGACCCGAUCAUGGACGGAAUGACCGCCGUAUCCACACCAUUCGAAUACAACCCAAGAUGCCUCAGACGCGACCUCAUUGCCACCACCACGGACUACACCGCCGCCAAUCUCUACAACCUCACACUCGGUGAAGCCUCCGAGAGCGUGUACACCUUCCAAAACGAGCUUCAGGGCCGUUUCCCCGAUGGUGUUUUGGGUAUGCAUGCCGCUGGCCACGUCAAAGUUGGUGGCGACGCCGGUGAUUUCUACAGCAGCACGGUCGACCCGAUCUUCUUCUUGCACCACGGCAUGAUUGAUCGUAUGUGGUGGAUCUGGCAGGCGCUACACCUCAACCAGGCGAAGACAGUGGCUGGUACAAUUACGCUCUUCAACAACCCACCCAGUCGCAACACUACGCUGGAGGAUCUCAUCAGCACAAACUUCCUCAACAUGCCAGACAGGCCGAUUGGAGACCUGCUAGGUUCGCUGGAUGGUUCUCCAUUCUGCUACAUCUACUUGUAG